UGUUGCACAGUGCAGUGGACUACAGGGUGAAUCCUCAAUUCUCCCCUCUCUCCUCUUUGGUCAACGGUUCUGCACGCAGCUACUGAACUUGUACGCUUUUCGCCAACAGUUUCCACCUCAGAAAUCAGCAAUUCUCCAGAGGACGAUGCCACGCAGAUCCCUAUGUCGCAGAUGAGUGGUGAGUUCAUUGGCUGUUUAGCCUGCUGGUGUAAGGCCAUGCUUUGUGGUGUUCCCACGACAUCCCUCCAUCACAGUGCGUGCGCCAAAAGUGGGGACGGGUUAAGGGGCACAGCUGUUCUUGAUGGAAUUUGCCCCAAAACAACAGUGCACAUUCAAUGGUUUCCUGCCAGGAGAGCGAUGCAGGGAGCAAUGGUCCCUCACAGGCUUGGCGGGCAUGUGAGGUGACCACAACAGGAUGCCUCUUAGCCAUUGCAUGUUAGUGCUGCGUGUCUGCGCCCUGCCAGGGUGGUGUGCUGCUGAACGAUUGUGCGGCCAAAUACCCUGCAGCGCUCAGCACUCACAGCGCAAUGCGUUAGUGCUUGUCCAAAAGGAAGAAAAGUGAUGAGUGCGGCCUCAUGUUCUUUCUCCUUCAUGGCAGCUCUCUUUGCAGACACCUCUGGUGACAUGAAUGAUGUCCUUGACCAUCCUAUUGCUGGGAGUUCUGGUGCAAAUGAAGGCUCCACACCCCUGCCCAUGAUGGAACUGACUUCACCAGAGCGGAGAAUGACUGCUGACAGGCGGCGUGUGCGACGUGUUGGAGUGCUCGCUGACUUUGCGAAGGCCAUGGUGGAGCAGGGAGAGGUCGAGGCAAUGGAGAGGAGGCGCUUCGAGGAUAGGCGGGAAAGGGAGGUGGCGUCAUUCAUGCAGAGCCGCGCAGAGCAAAACAGGGAGCUGUCAUCGCUGAGGCUGGCCAUCGACAGGGGGAAUGACAUAAUGCAGACCCUUGUGACGGCUUUGCUGCAGCGCAUGGGCUCCUCGGGUGGCAGGGGUGCUGGGGGUUCAUUGGGCGCCUCUGCUCCUGCGGUCGCAUCACAAACCUUGCCUGCCCCAGCGUUUCAGCAGUGCCUGCCCACUUGUGAAAUUGCUGGCCCGGCUGCAAAUCUCAUUGGAGAUGCGGCAGAGGUGACUUAUCCCACUCUGGCUGAGGACACCGACUUGGAGUCCUGUGUGGGCGCCACGGCGCCCCUUCCAUCACAGGUGGAGGACCUGAUGAUGGUUGGGGAGACCUCUGAGCUGUGCUGCACUCAGGUGGCUUGCCAAGAAUCACAGCCAAUGCACAAACGCUUGAGGAAGCCCAAAGCAAGAAUGGACCUGUGAGGACCUCCCCCCCCUGUUAUUUCUCUGUC